UCUUUUGGACCUGCAGUUCCUUCUCUCUUUGUCCUGAAGUCCACUCCCUGGUGAGGCAGCAAGAAAUAGUCUGGUUUCGUUUACCAGGAAGUCGCCGCCUUCCCCGCUGCAAUAAAAGAGUUUAAAGUGAAAGUGAAAGUCACAACUGUUGAGCGUCAACACUUCGAGAUGGAUAAAAUCUUCAACCUACUGCAGAAGCACAGACUGGAGUCUUACUACAAUAAAUUCCGUGAGAUGGGUGUAGAAGAUGAGCGGGACUUCAUCGACGGAGUGACCGAUGACGACCUGAUGAACAUCGGUUUGAGUCAAGUGGAGAGGAACCGUUUCUGUAAACUGAAAGACGCGAUCGGCCGCCUGCGAGCUCCUCCUGCUGGCGCCGCGAUGUCCGUGAGCAGAUCCCUGGGCUGCUUCUGUCUGCAGUACACGUACCCCAAGUGCCCCGAAGCCAGGCACAUCACAGAUAUGGAUCCCGCUCAGAACACGGUGGAAGACCUGAUGCUGAGGAUCUGUCACCUGGAGGCCGUCAACCCGUCCAUAGGAGUCUGUCUCUACACAGCGGACGGAAUGCCGUUGACGGACGACCCGUUCUUCAACACAUGGUCUUUAAAAGAUAGACACAUUGAAAAUGGAGACGAAAUCUACGCCAUAUUCACACCAAGGAAGAACCUGAGAGCAGCUCAUCAAAGGUCCACGGCAGAAGUUCCCAGAAGCUGCGGCACGGAUGUGGUCCGAUGCCACGUGAUGCUCAUGGGCGACUUUGAGGUCCCGGUGGAUCUGGCAAGUGACACCAUGGCCACUUUGAAGAAACGUCUUGCCAAUGAAAAUGGAGUCCCAGCACAUGUUCUUCAUUACAGGCCCGAUCUGUCCGGAGUUGAGAACGCCAGCGGCGACACGUUGGAGAGUUGUGGAAUCUCCGAGGGGUCGACGGUGUACUUCUCCCUGUCCACGUUUCCUGAGGACAUUCAGGACCAGGACCAGGAUAUGUUCUUCAUGGACGACGUGGAACCUUCAGUGCAACAAACGGCCAAAGGAUUAAGUGUCUUCUUGUCUUCUCUGUACAUCAUUAAACACAAAGGUCUGGGAGUUAGCCGCACGGAUUUGAUCGGAUACAUACGGAAACUGACUGGAUGCCACCCACUGGCCCAAAGUUUGCACCAGUUAAUCUGUAGGAAUGAGAUCACAUCCAAGAAUCAGAAGAUCGCAGUGGUUGAAGGCUUGUACAUGCUCUUUAGAGAACUUCUACCUCAGCUUGGAAGGAGCCACGGAGAGAAGAUCAUCGAGGAUCUUGAUGUCUUUGAGUACUCAACGUGCUGCUGGGCCUAUCUCCUGUCAGAAGCAAAGAGCGAGACGUCCGAUCAUGAGAGCUACGCACCUCGUUCUCUGACGUCCGAUGAAGGCAGCCGGUUCUGUGACCCAGUCACUGUGACUGGAAUACCAGGUGUCCUAGAAAGAGCCGUUGUACUUCAGAAAAUCAAAGAUGGUGAGAAGAUUCCACACUACCCCAAAGAGGUCUUGAGGGAAACGUCCCUCCAAAGAGCCACCGACAUUGAGAAGAUUCUGCUCAGUGUUCAUCCAUCACUGAAAACAUAUUAUCUCUCCAUGUCUCAUGCGAGUGUGACUGGGCUGAACUUUUACAUAAAUACCCAGAAGGCCUUUGGAGACAUGGCAGAAGAACUGAAAGCUUUCCCUCAACUCAAUGUGUCUCCUCCGCUGCGUUUGAAGGACCUCUGUGUUGAUGGACUACAGCUGGUUCUCCUGAGUAAAGACAACCUUGGUGUGUAUUUGAGUAAGGACAAGGCAUGUCCUGCUAAGAUCGUGGUGUAUGACUGUACGGCUGGAAAAACCCGAAAUAUGGACGUGGACACGUUAGCGUCUCAAACCGGUGACCACAGGGAAGACGAUUCAUUCACCACAACCAGGAUUCCAAAAGAGGCCAUAGUGGUCCUGAUAGAUACGAGCUCAUCCAUGGCGGAGAAGUGCUAUGACAGUGUGGACAUAAAGAAAAUCCACGCUGUGAAAGAGCUCUUUGACAACUUUGCCACACGUACCAUGGCUUACGAUUUCCACCACGUCAUCGGCCUUGUGGAGUUUAACACUGAAUUGAAAACUCACGCGUUCACGGAAACACUGGAAAAAUUCAAGCAACAUGUGCGUACCAUUCAGGCCGGAGGACAGACAAAGCUUUACGAUGCUCUACAUCGUGGAAUGCACGAGUUGGAAAAUGUCAAGAAGUUUCCACACUGCAGACUUCGCAUUCUCUGCCUCACAGACGGAAAUGACGUCGGAUCUUUAAAUAAGCCAGAAGACGUUGCUGCCAACCUGAUAAAAGCCAACAUCAUUGUGGAUUCGAUUCUUCUCGGAAAGGUGGAGAACAAUAUUCUGUGUGGGAUCAGCCAUGCGACGGGCGGUUGCUGUUUCAAACCGGAGACAAGCAAAGACGGCCUGAAGCUGUUUGAGAUUGAGACCGUUCUCUCUUUGGAGAUGAGGAAACCCAAGACCAAAGCUCAGCCGUCUUCUAUCACUCUGAGUUUUAUAAAAGCAAUAGCUGCUCUUCACGGGUAUGAUGGGUUUCCGGAGGCUGUCUUGCCGAGCCAGAUGAGCGGUAAAGUGACCGAGACGGACAGUGCUCUGAAAAAUAAGAUCCGGGACGCCAGAGUCUCUCAGUUGAUGGAGAAGGACAGACGUAUCGUGGCGGAGCUGAGGAGCCUGCAUUGUGACCCGCAUCCAUACUUCAGCAUCUUCCCAUCGGAAUCUGACUUCACCUUCUGGAAGAUCCUCAUGGAAGGACCUCCUGACACACCUUAUGAGAAAGGAACCUUCGAGCUGUUCUGCCAGUUUGGGUCCGACUACCCGGUGAAGCCUCCACUGGUUCGCUUCGUCACGCCGGUGUACCACUGCAACAUCAACAGCGUGGGCCGCAUCUGCCACAACAUCUUUGACCGGAACUACAACGCCCAGAUCACCGUGAGGAAUAUCCUCAAUGCUGUGUACGGACUGCUCAUCAUCCCAGAGCCUGAAGAUCCUCUGGACAGCAUUCUGGCCGAGGAGUUCCUCACCAGCCGAGGGAAGUAUGAGGAGGAAGCCAGAAAACACACAGAGGAAACCGCCGCAGAGUCCCGGGACGACAUGGAGAAGAAACUGGUGAGUCCUGAGAAACGCCUGGUUCCCCAACAUCUCGUCUGCCCGCUCACCAACAAGAUGUUCGUGGAUCCGGUGAAGACCAAAUACGGAACGGUGUACGAGCGAAAGGCCAUCGAGAAGCACCUCAAAACGCAGAAGAGCGACCCGAGGGGCGACCCGGCGGCGCCGCUCACUGAAGCCGACCUCCGGCCGGCCAACGAGAUGAAGAAGAUGGCGAUGGAUCAGCGCUCCAGGCAAAUCCAGUAGGAGCUCCAGUGUGAGAGGUCACGUGAGGUGAAGGCGGGCGACCUGGUGCCGCUCGGCUUCCAAGAUGCAAGAUGAAGACAGACGUCCGUCGAAAACCAAAGUAAAAGAAGUGACGAUUAAUCUGCACGAUGAAUAUUCCUCCAUUUGAUCCACGUCGAGAUCUAAAGCGCCUUAAACCACAAAGCACAUUGACGGAUGGUCACAAGAGGAAUUGCAGUUAAACAAUUGUCAUUUAGUGGUUUUUAUUUUUAAUCUAUUUUAAACUGAAUCUGUGCCAAUAGACAUUUACCUGUGAUAUAUCUGAUUGAUGAAGUAAUUAAAGAAAAGAUGAAGUGAUUGUUUAAAUGGACACUUUAAUGGAAAGCAACAUGAAAUAUUCACUGCACAUUAUACGUCAUUUAAAUAGGAUGUUAGGAUGCUUGAACCUGAGUUUUCCGCUUAAUGUAGAGAAAUAUUACAUCAUGAACCCAACCAAUAAAUGUUGAGUAAUGUCAUCAAUUCUUUGCUCGGUGUAAUGAUGUAAAUAGAAGUUCUUAACUCUACUUGUAUUAAAAGCUUCUCAGUUUCAACAUUGA